GAUGCAUUUGGAAAUGAGGAAUUCGCCGAGGUGAAAUACAAAGUGUUAACGUGGUGGCAAUGUGGUUUGCUCAUGGUUGCCGAAACUGUAUCUCUCGGUGUUUUGUCCCUUCCAGCCGCCGUGGCCACACUUGGGCUCGUCCCUGCGAUUAUUUUACUGCUUGGCCUCGGAAUUUUAGCGACUUAUACCGGAUAUGUCAUUGGGCAGUUCAAAAUGAGAUACCCACACGUGGUCAACAUGGCAGAUGCUGGUGAAAUCAUAGCAGGCAGUAUUGGACGAGAGGUUGUCGGAGCCGGUCAAUUGCUGUUUAUGGUGUUCAUCAUGGGCAGCCAUCUGCUCACAUUUACGGUUGCGAUGAAUUCAGUCACAAACCACGGAACGUGCACCAUUGUUUUCGGCGUUGUUGGAUUAAUCGCAUCCUUCAUCUGCAAUAUCCCUCGAACCAUGACCAAGAUAUCCUGGUUAUCCCUUAUCUCAUUCAUAAGCAUUAUUGCCGCCGUAUUGACCUGCAUGAUCAGUCUGGGAAUCCAAAAGCCAGGGUCAGGCCAUGUUGACGUUACCACCAGCCCUGAUUUUAUCAGUGCCUUUUCGGCUGUCAUGAACAUUGUCUUUGCUUUCGCUGGUCAUGUCGCAUACUUUGGCUUCAUCGCCGAGUUGAAGGACCCGAACGAUUUCCCCAAGGCCCUUUGCCUUUUGCAAGCUACCGAUAAUGCCUUGUAUCUGAUCGCGGCCGUUGUCAUCUACCGCUACGCUGGUGUCGAUGUCAAAUCCCCGGCACUUGGCUCUUCUAGCCCUAUUAUGCAGAGAAUCUCAUAUGGAGUCGCUCUCCCCACUAUUCUCAUCGCCGGUGUCAUCUACGGCCACGUUUCAUGCAAGUACAUUUAUCUACGGUUGUGGAAGGGUACAGAUCGUAUUCACAAGCGUGACUUCGUCGCCGUCAGCUCAUGGUUGGCUAUUGGCCUUGUUCUUUGGACAAUUGCAUGGAUCAUUGCCGAAGCAAUUCCCGUAUUCAGUAACUUGCUGAGUUUGAUCGUUCGUUCUACUGCUUUGUUCGGCAGUUGGUUUACGUACGGUUUGAGUGCUAUAUUCUGGCUCUUUAUGAACAAAGGCGUGUACUUCUCUUCCAAGCGAAAGAUCUUUUUGACACUUGUAAAUAUCGGUACUGUCGGGUUAUGUCUGACCUUGUGUGGCCUCGGUCUCUAUGUCUCAGGGAAGGCAAUUCACGAUGACUCUGGGAGUAAGAGCUUCUCUUGUGCAAAUAACGCCUAA